AACAACGAAGCACCGUUUUUUCUGCUAACAAAUUUUCGUGAGCCUCAGUUAUUUUUAGGGUUUCCAUUUCGCCGAAUCCUUCAGAUCUUCGCCUCCUCCUUACCAAUUUCGUCCCAGUUUUCGAAUUUUCAGGUGUUGAUAUAGAGAUUUAAAGGGGGAAUUUUGAAGGAGAUUGUAGAUUCGGUAUUAGAUUAUAAAAAGAAAAAAUCAAUUGAAAAUAACUGAAUGAGCUAAUGGAGUCCAAAGGUGGCAAAAAGGAUUCUAGUAGUAGUAAAUCAUUGUUCUACGAAGCUCCCCUCGGUUACAGCAUUGAAGACGUCAGGCCUCACGGUGGAAUCAAGAAAUUCAGAUCAGCUGCUUACUCUAACUGCGCUCGGAAGCCCUCCUGAGUUGUGUUAAGUCCCGACAUAACCCCGUGCGAUCGUUAAUACUGCAAUCUUACUCUAGUUAUUCUAGUCUAUUUCUUUUUCCUACUUCUCUCGUUCUCUCGUUCCCUCGCUCCCUCGCUUGUUAUCACUUCAUCUGCUGUUGCAUCGUCAUUUGCUUGCUGAAUUUGAGAUGGCUGUACCGGUCUCUGCAAUUGGAUUUGAAGGGUAUGAAAAGAGGCUCGAGGUCUCUUUCUUCGAGCCUGGACUGUUUGCUGACCCUAAAGGCAUGGGUCUUCGUUCUCUAUCGAAAGCUCAAAUAGAUGAGAUUCUGACACCAGCUGAGUGCACCAUUGUUUCUUCACUGUCGAAUGAUGAUCUUGACUCUUAUGUCCUAUCCGAGUCGAGCCUCUUUGUGUACCCUUACAAAGUGAUCAUCAAAACCUGUGGCACAACGAAAUUGCUUCGAUCAAUCCCUGCCAUCCUCAAGCUUGCCGACUCCCUCUCUCUAGCUGUAAAAUCUGUGAGGUACUCUCGUGGGAGCUUUAUCUUUCCUGGUGCUCAGCCCUCUCCGCAUCGUAGCUUUUCGGAGGAGGUAGCUGUACUUGACGGCCAUUUUGGCAAGCUUGGUUUGGCAAGCAAGGCAUAUGUUAUGGGAAGCCCUGACAAAACUCAGAAAUGGCAUAUUUACUCUGCAUCGGCGGAGUUGGCAAGCUUAUUUUGGGGUUCACGCCAAUCAGGCCCUACAUACACUCUGGAGAUGUGCAUGACUGGUUUAGACAGGAAGAGGGCUUCUGUCUUUUACAAAUCCGACGCAAGUUCAGCUGCUGGUAUGACCGUAGAAUCCGGCAUCAGGAACAUCCUCCCGCAGUCCGAUAUAUGUGACUUUGAGUUCGAGCCGUGCGGUUACUCCAUGAACUCAAUCGAAGGGAAUGCAGUUUCUACCAUCCAUGUGACACCAGAAGACGGUUUCAGCUACGCUAGCUUUGAAACAGUGGGCUAUGAUUUCAAAGAUGUGAACUUGACCCAACUGCUGUACAGGGUUCUGGAUUGCUUCAAACCAGCUGAGUUCUCCAUAGCCUUGCACACCACGAGCACCGCAGGCGAAGAUCUUGACGCUAAGUGCCCUCUGGACUUGAAGGGAUACUGCUGCGGAGGAAGCAGCUACGAGGGUUUGGGGCUGGGUGGCGCGGUCACGUACCGCAGCUUUGUCAAGGACGACAGCGGUUCUCAGUCUCCAAGGUCGAUUCUGAAGUGCUGCUGGAGCGAGGACGAGAAGGACGAGGAAGUUGAAGAAAUAGGUCUGGCAAAGAUCUAGGGUGAUAUUGUUCUUGUUUUUAGUAUAAAUAAAAGUAAAAACAAAUGUGACUGUGGGGUUAUGUUGCAAUUAUAGUAGGGUAAUGGUUUAUGAUAUUGUCAAUAAACCGGAUCUCGGGUGGCGGCCGAUAUCCGUCGUCGUUCUGAGACUUCCUGGAUGCAUGAGUCUUUGUUGAUGUACCUUUUUUCCCUCAAUAAGAUGAAUAUUAUUGUCA